AUGCGGUUCUCAUUUGCGAAGCCGCUGCUCUUGCUGGGCGCUCUUGCGUCCUAUGUCACCACUCCCGUCAUGGCUGCCGAGCAGAUGCUCGUCUCCAAAUCCCUCAACACCUGCCAGGAUGACUCGAGUUUCACGGCCAGUCUGUUCAACGUCGUCUUCACCCCCAGCAACGGAAGUGCCGCCAUCAACAUUGUCGCCGUUUCCUCCGUCCAGGGAAGCAUUGUUUUCGACGUGGCUAUUUCCGUCUACGGCUACGAAUUCAUGAGGCGCACUGUCGACCCCUGCAGCAUUAACCUCGCUGGUCUCUGCCCCAUGACUGCUGGAAAGAUCACCAUGAACUUCAACCUCCAAGUUGGUGAGGAUGCCGUUAGCCAGAUUCCCGGAAUUGCCUACAACAUCCCCGAUCUCGACGCCACUGUCAAGGUCUUCGUCAACAUGACCGACACCAAGCAGAGUGUGGCUUGUGUCGAGGCUGACAUUUCCAACGGAAAGACUGUCGACUUGAUCGGUGUAAAGUGGGCCACUGCCAUCAUCGCUGGCUUGGGUCUGAUUGCCUCCGCCAUCGUUUCUGGACUGGGUCACUCCAACACUGCCGCUCACGUUGCCGCCAACACCCUCUCUCUAUUUGGUUACUUCCAGUCUCAGGCUAUUGUGGGUCUCACCGGCAUUCACCUGCCCCCCAUUGUCCAAUCGUGGACCCAGGACUUUGUGUGGUCUAUGGGUAUCAUCCGUGUCCAGUUCAUGCAGGACAUCUUCACUUGGUACCAGCGAGCCACUGGCGGCACUCCCUCCACCUUGCUCAACUCUUUGACGACUACCUCCGUUCAGGUGGAGAAGCGAUCUCUCGACCGGGCCAUGUCUGCAGUUAGAAUGGCCAAGCGCGGCAUCGACGUCGGCAUCUCCACUAUUGCUAAGCGAGCCAACGUACAGCUCACCUCCGGUAGCUACCUCGUCUUCGGCAUUCAAAGAGUUGCCUUUAGGGCCAAGAUUGAAUCAACCAACCUCUUCAUGACUGGCCUGGCCUUCUUCUGUGUCUUCGUCAUCUUCACCGUCCUUGCUGUAGCGGCUUUCAAGGGAUUCUGCGAGUUGGCUGUUAGGCAGAAGUGGAUGAAGAGCGAGAAGUUCCUCGAGUUCCGCAACGGCUGGUUCACCGUUCUUAAGGGUAUUCUUUUCCGCAUGACCCUGAUCGGUUUCCCCCAGAUGUCUAUUCUCUGCCUCUGGGAGUUCACCCAGCGUGACUCUGCGGCCGAGGUCGUCCUUGCCGUCUUCUUCCUGUUUGGCAUGGCUCUUACGCUCGGCUGGGCCGCCGCCAAGGUUAUCCGCAUCGCCCGUCGCUCCGUCGCCAUGCACCGGAACCCGGCCUACAUCCUCUUCUCGGAUCCCCAGGCACUCAACAAGUGGGGUUUCCUCUACGUCCAGUUCCGUGCCUCGGCCUACUACUUCAUUGUCCCUGUUCUUUGCUACACCCUUGUCAAGAGCAUGUUCGUUGCUUUUGCCCAGCGCCACGGCACAGUCCAGGCGGUUGCCUUCGUCAUCAUCGAAGCCGGAGCCCUCAUCGCUGCCAGUGUUCUGCGACCUUGGAUGGACAAGAGCACCAACUCUUUCAACAUUGCCAUUUGUGUCAUGAACUUCCUCAACUCCAUCUUCCUGCUCAUCUUCUCCAACGUCUUUGGCGCUCCCCCUCUGGUUAACGGUGUCGUCGGUGUCGUCCUCUUCAUUGCCAACGCUGCCUUCGCUCUGAUCCUCCUGCUCCUGGUCAUCGCAAGCAGCACCUUGAGCUUCAUCCGCAAGAACCCUGACGCCCGCUACCAGUUCAUGGCCGAUGACCGUGCUUCUUUCAUGAAGUCCCAGACGCAGCUGAACACCACGACCGAGCUGGAUGCUUUGGCCGCUACCGCCAGAGGCGACAAGGCUCACUACAACAAGGGUCUCGACCUCGAUGACGAUAACGACUCCAUCUCAUCCGAGUCUAUGCGCCGUCGGGCCGACCCCUCUGCAGUCGCCCUGCCGCCGUCCACUGCUCAGUCCGCCGCGCCAUCUCAGCACUCCGUUAACCGGGCUGGUGGCCAGGGCAACCACGCACCUCACUCUCCUGUGGACCCUUCGGUGCCUCUCUUCCCGGCUGACAACCGCCACCCGUACGGCAACGGCCCAUCGCGUACGCCGAGCCCUUAUAACGGUUCCGGGUCGACUCUGAACGCCAACUACAGGCAACAAAACAAUGCCAGCCCAGCACAGUACAGGCAACAGAACAACGCUAGGCCCUUGGCAGCGUGGUGCAGGAUACGAACACUAGAUAUGACCCGCUAUGAUUUAUACCAUUUCAGACGGUAG